AUGGAUGGGGGUCUAGGGGAGAUGUCCCUCCACGGUCACCCCGAUCUGGCUCACGGCCAGGACGGCAGGGCCAUGCUGCACUCGCGGGACCUCUCGGCGGCCUUCCCCAGGCCCUCCCUCGGGGGCCCCUCCAUGUCCCUGGAGCCCGAGCCACGUCCGCCGGGCUUCGACCACUCCAUGUCGGCGCUGGGCUACAGCGGCGACUCCCCGUCCAGCUCCGGCAGCACCUACACCACCCUCACCCCCUUGCAGCCCUUCGACGACAAGUUCCACCACCACCACCACCACCACCACCCCUGCCUGCCCGUCAGCAACGUCAUCGGCAGCUUCACCCUCAUGCGCGAGGACCGGGGCCUCGGCACCAACUUCUACAACCCUUACGGCAAGGACCUGGCCAUGUCCCAGAGCCUGUCGCCCCCGUCCGCGGGCUCGGGCCUGGCCUCCUCCAUGCACGGCUACGGCAGCUUGGGCAACAGCCCCAACGGCAACGGCGGCCAGAUGCUCCACGCCGGCUACGACGUCCACGGGGGGAGCCUCUUCUGCCGGACGUCGGAUUUCGGCCGCGAGAUGUCGCCGCCGGGGGGCCUGGGCGGAGGCGACGUGUCGGUGGGGCACCAGCUGAACAAGAUGGAGGCUCACCAGCACCUCCCUCACCCGCACCCGCACCCCAUCUACAGCCAGCACUACCAGCCGCACCAUCACCCGAGCCAGCAGGCCUCCAAGAUGGGCGAGCACCUGCACUCCUCGUCGUCCUCCAUGUCCUCGCCCGGCGACGGCAUGCUGCCGGGCUCGCAGGGCGGCGGCGGCGGGGAGGAGAUCAACACCAGAGACGUGGCCCAGAGGAUCAUCACCGAGCUGAAGAGGUACAGCAUCCCACAGGCCAUCUUCGCCGAGAGGGUCCUGUGUAGGUCACAGGGCACGCUGUCUGACCUCCUGAGGAACCCCAAGCCCUGGGGCAAGCUCAAGUCCGGCCGCGAGACCUUUAAGAGGAUGUCCCGCUGGCUGCAGGAGCCCGAGUUUCAAAGAAUGGCCUCGCUCCGGCUGGAGGCUUGCAAGCGGAAGGAGCAGGAGCAGAGCAAGCUGGAGCGCAACCAGGGCCCGAAGCGCACCCGGCUGGUGUUCACGGACCUGCAGCGGCGCACCCUGCUGGCCAUCUUCAGGGAGAACCACCGCCCCACCAAAGAGCUGCAGAUCACCAUCUCUCAGCAGCUGGGCCUGGAGCUCUCCACCGUCAGCAACUUCUUCAUGAACGCCCGCCGACGCAAUGUCAACAAGUGGGUGGACGAGGGCCGCCCGUCCUCCACGGGCUCCUCGGGCUCCAGCGUCUCCUCCUCCGCCGUGUCCUGCAGCACGGCGUGA